AUGCGUAUUUUUGUGGUUUUAUGUUUAAUUGCUGUUGCAGCCGCUCAAUAUGACUAUGCUCCACAAACAGCUGGUCAUGAUGAUAGCGCUCCUUUACGUGGCGAUGAUCAAUUAUCUCAACCAAUUCAACCAUCAAGCGAAUUUAAUAAGGAAUUUUAUUCUUACUCCGCACCUGAACAUGAAUUCGAUGAUGGUGGUGCCAAUGAUCAAAUUGCUAACUCUUUGAAGAAGAAUCUCCGUGUUGUCUUCAUCAAGGGACCAGAAAACUCAGGACUUGAAAAUGCUGCCUUACAAUUGGCCAAAUCUGCUUCUGAUGAUCGUACUGCAAUUUAUGUACUCAGCAAACAGGCUGAUGUCUCCAACUUGGCUAACAAAUUGAAUCAAUUGAAGAGCAGCAAUGCCAACAAACCCGAAGUUCACUUUGUCAAAUACAGGACACCAGCUGAUGCCGAAAAUGCUCAACGCACAAUUCAAUCUCAAUACGAUUCAUUGCCCGGUUCAUCCGUUAGCAACAAUGGCGGACAUGCUCCAGUUUUGGAUUUCGCUUCUAAGGCACCAAUUCGUCAAUCUGCUCCAGCUGCUUCCCUACCAGCUGCUCCAUCCAGCUCUUACAUUCCACCACAAUCAUCGUAUUUGCCACCUGGCAGAAGAUUCUAA